AUGAACCCAAAUUACACAGAUUACCAGUUGCCUCAGAUAAAGGCUCACCCGUGGAACAAGUUGUCGUUGUUCUGUUCUUCGCUCUCAGAUUUUCUCCCAUUAUCCAGGAAAAUGGCGGGCAGUCUGAAAUCGGAUAUGUCGCAGAAGACUAUUUUAGGUCUCCAAGUAUGGGAGCUCAUUUGCAUCUGCAUUGCACUGUUCAUCAUCAUCAUCUUAACUGUCUCCAUCUACCUAGUCUCUCGUAAGAAGUCUUCCUCCACCAAAAGAAUCUCGCACCUGAACCAGAACCAGAACCAGCAGCAGCUUCCGCUCUCUCAAAUCCCGUCCGAGUCCAAGGAGAUCAAGGAAGUCCGAGUGGAGCAAAUCUCAACGGACGAGUUCGUCCCUCGUGAAGGAAUCCUCCUAACAAUCCAUGACAAGUCGAGCGACAAGGAUGCUGAUAAGGUCCUUGUCCAUCUCGGCAUGCCCAAGUCCAAGAAUGGUAACGGCAACGCGAACUCCAAUGGCGAUGGUGACAACAACAGUCAGUCAGGUGGUUCAUUCCAUCAAUAUGACAAAGGCGGCAUUGUUUCCCACUCUGGUGAUCAAGGAGGCAGCUCAGCUGGUGCGGUCUACAGGGCUUCCUCUGUUGCUUCCCAACACUACCCGAUCACUGCUCCUUCUCCGCUCAGUGGGCUCCCUGAAUUCUCUCACUUAGGUUGGGGUCAUUGGUUUACACUCAGGGAUCUUGAAUUGGCUACCAACCGCUUCUCUAAAGAGAAUGUCCUUGGUGAGGGUGGCUAUGGAGUUGUUUACCGUGGAAAUCUCAUCAAUGGCACUCCCGUUGCUGUCAAGAAGAUUCUCAACAACUUGGGCCAAGCUGAGAAGGAAUUCAGAGUGGAAGUUGACGCGAUUGGGCAUGUCCGCCAUAAGAAUUUGGUUCGUCUUCUUGGGUAUUGCAUAGAAGGGACUCACAGGAUGUUGAUUUAUGAGUACGUGAACAAUGGAAACUUGGAACAGUGGCUUCAUGGAGCCAUGUCUCACCAUGGAUAUCUUACGUGGGAGGCCAGAAUGAAAGUUCUCCUGGGCACAGCCAAGGCGCUUGCUUAUUUGCACGAGGCCAUUGAGCCAAAAGUGGUGCAUCGUGACAUUAAAUCUGGCAACAUUUUAAUAGAUGAUGACUUCAACGCCAAGGUUUCUGAUUUUGGGUUGGCUAAGUUGCUCGGAGCUGGAAAAAGCCAUGUCACUACUCGAGUGAUGGGAACUUUCGGAUAUGUGGCGCCUGAAUAUGCCAAUAGUGGCCUUCUGAACGAAAAGAGUGAUGUUUAUAGUUUUGGUGUUGUGGUCUUGGAAGCAAUCACAGGAAGAGACCCAGUAGACUACAGUCGUCCCGCAAACGAGGUAAAUCUUGUGGACUGGCUGAAAAUGAUGGUGGGGAGCAGGAUGUCAGAAGAAGUUGUAGACCCCAACAUGGAGACGAAACCAUCAACAAGAAAUCUGAAGAGAGCCCUUUUGACGGCUUUGAGAUGCGUGGAUCCCGACUCUGAGAAACGACCAAAGAUGGGGCAAGUUGUAAGAAUGCUGGAGUCCGAGGAAUAUCCUAUUCCAAGAGAGGAUAGAAGACAUCGAAGAGCCCCGGGAGGUAGUAUGGAGACAGAAUCUCAAAAGGAGAAUUCAGACAGCGAUCGCCCAUUAGCACCGGGAGGCGAGAGCAGCAGCAGGAGGUCUUAA